AUGAAAGACGUCACUUAUUAUUCUGAGGCCCUCUUCAGAAUGAGUGCACCCUCAUCUUCUCUUAUUUCUUCGCUCUUCCGUUCAACCAGUCGCAGAUUGUUUAUGGAUCUCACAUUAAUAGCCAGGGUCAGAGAUGGUCUGAUCUUGGCCACUUCUAUCGAAGGUAGUGAUGGGGGUGAUACGAAUCUUGUCAAGUACUCUAACCAAGCGAAAAUGCUGUUUAAGAAACUUCACAAUGCACCGCAAAUGCAGUCGAUCGAAAGCGGGCCUUACAUGUUUCACUACGUCAUAAAGGAUGCAAUAUGCUGUUUGUGUUUGUGUCAACACUCAUUUCCUCGAAAGCUUGCCUUCGCUUAUCUAGAGGACGUCGCUCAGGAAUUUCUUAACCAGAAUGCCACGAGGAUUGACCAAGUCGUUAGGCCUUAUCAUUUCUUGGAAUUUGACCAAUAUAUUCAACAAGCGAAGAAGAAAUAUGCAGAUAGAAGCAGAUAUGCGAUGUCUGCAGUAUCGAAUGAGUUGCAGGAUGUUGCACGUAUCAUGGUCAGCAAUAUCGAGGACGUCAUUCAUAGGGGCGAAGCCUUGAAUAUUCUUGAAGCAAAAGCAUCAGAUCUUUCUGGUAUUAGCAAGAAAUACAGAGAGGACGCCAAAGCUUUGAAUAGAAGGUCCAUCUUCUUCAAAAUAGCCGUUUCUUUGGGCAUAUUCGGAGUUAUUCUGCUUAUUGGGCGAUUUAUCAUUUUCUAAUCAUCAAAUCUCGCUUCUAAGACUUUCGUUUGGAUCAAGGUCAACGUAAGCGGGACAAAAGUCUCGACGUAUGCGAUUUACAUGCCGGCAAUCUUCUUUAUCGUACUGGUCAACAGAGUUUCCAUCAUCCAUUGAGCCAAUAUUGCAUGAUAUAUUUUUUUUUUCGUUUUGGUUAUUGUUCAACUGUGAUAAGUAAGUAAGUAAUGAAGCGUAUUCAUGCU